CCAGUCCCCACUCACUACAAAAAUACAGUUCGCAGAGGGAAGGUAAGGAAUUAAUUCCCUCUGCUCCCGUCAGUCCCACCACCACCACCACCACCUCCACCCACAACCAAUGAAUACCUCUGUUCCUAUUCCCGCCAGAAUAAUCCCUUUUCCUUUUUGCCAAACACCGGAUUAAACCAUAAUUAUUAUCGCAAUUUUGAUGCACGCUCUCGUAGUUGCAACUCUGCAUUUCCUACCUUUCCCAAUCGCACAUCUUCGUAUUCUUCAGCAUCAGGUUCUCCUUCUCCACUCACUGUUCCCCUUGCCCUUUCAAAUGUCUAUUUAAAUUCACCAUGCGUAUUCUCAAGAAGCCAGUUUCCUACUGUCUCUCCAUCUUCUCCGUGGAGUUUCCCGCCCCGUUUUCCUUCCGUGUCCUUCGCUUGUCCCCCGGGAUUCCCGCCAGGCGUAGAGCGAUUCAUACUUCAGGUGUUUCUUGGAGCAUAUCUUGGAAGAUUCUUAGGCUCCGCUCAUAACGGAGUGCAUUCUGUGCUAUUUCAAUUUACACUGAACUUCAAUGAGUGAAGGGGCUAAUCAGAUGCAUGCUAGCUACCCAAUGGACCGGAGUCCAGAGGCUUUUGUAGGUGAAAAGGCUAUAGAAUUUGAGUUCAUGAACUCCAAUAAUGGGGUUGAGAAACCAUACAUAUGGCCAUCUCCUGAAGGAGGACAUAAACUCGAUAUAGGAAAACAAAUUUUCUGCAAUAGAUCAUUGAAUAUGAAGAAUAUUGUUGCUGUUGGCUUUGAUAUGGAUUACACUUUGGCACAGUACAAACCAGAGACCUUUGAGUCGCUUGCAUAUGAAGGCACUAUCAAGAAAUUGGUCAAUAAUUUGGGCUAUCCUAAAGAGUUACUGAGGUGGACAUUUGACUGGAAGUACAUGGUUCGAGGCCUGGUUCUGGACAAAAAGAGAGGCAACAUAUUAAAGAUGGAUCGGCAUAAGUAUGUAAAAGUGGCAUACCAUGGGUUCAGGGAGAUGUCUAAGGAAGAUAAAGUUGGGACCUAUGGGAGUACACUGGUACGAGAUGCCUUUGAUGAGCCAGAUUAUGCCCUUAUUGAUACCCUCUUUUCACUAGCUGAAGCAUACUUGUUUGCUCAACUUGUUGAUUUUAAGGACAAUAAUCCUGGGAAAGUUCCAGAGGGUGUUGAUUACGCUCAUAUGUAUAGAGAUGUUCGAGCUGCUGUUGAUCUGUGCCAUCGAGAUGGAAGCUUAAAACAAAUGGUUGCAAGGGAUCCUAAAAGGUAUAUUAAUGAGGAUACUGCAAUAGUGCCCAUGCUGAAAAUGCUUAGAGAUUCAGGUCGUUCAACAUUCCUGGUUACAAAUAGUUUAUGGGACUACACCAAUAUUGUGAUGAAUUUUCUCUGUGGAGGCCGGACCUUAUAUGGUAGCAUCCCUUGCAAUUUGGUUUGGCUUCAGUACUUUGAUGUUGUCAUCACUGGCAGUGCAAAGCCUGGCUUCUUUAAUGAAGAUAAAUUUGCCAAUCUUUUUGAGGUUGACCUUGAGUCUGGGAUGCUGCUUAAUACUGAUAAUGGAACUCCUAUGUCUCAGGUGGGAACUACUUCACCAAUAAUACCACCUGUGGAGGAGUCAAACAAGAGAUGUCGAGUUUUCCAGGGAGGUAAUGUUGGUCAUCUGCAUAAAUUGCUUUCGAUAGAAUCAAGUUCACAGGUUCUUUAUGUUGGAGACCAUAUCUAUGGAGAUAUUUUGCGAAGCAAAAAGGUUCUUGGAUGGAGAACAAUGCUUGUUGUUCCCGAGCUUGAAAGGGAGGUUGAGCUGCUUUGGGAAUUAAGGGAUAUGCGCAAGGCAAUGAUAAACUUUGAUAUUUUGCAACUUCGACUGCUGAGAAAUGAACGUGAUCUUAUUGAAGACCGAAUCCAUCACUUGAAGUGGUAUCUGAAGUUUGGAAGUACUGAUGAUGAUGAGAAGCGGACUAUAUCUUCUACCCUGCAUGAAUUAGCCUCUCAAAGAGAUCAAGUGCGACUUGCUCAUCAACUUGCCCAACGAGAACACCACCAAAAGUUCCACAAGGUCUGGGGACAACUCAUGAAAACUGGGUAUCAGAACUCUCGCUUUGCUCAUCAGGUUGAGAGAUUUGCCUGUCUUUACACCAGCCAAGUAUCAAACUUAAGCUUGUACUCCCCAGACAAAUACUAUAGGCCCAGUGAAGACUUCAUGCCUCAUGAAUUUGACAUCCUUCUCCUGGGAAACUAGUGCGCAGCCAGAGAGCAGAGCUGGAUAUUUAUCCUUCUAAAGUUCAACCCCUUCUUAAUUCCUUCCCAAAAAAAUAUUUUCUAACUGUAGAGUAAAAAAUUACUAAUAAUACUUACAUGACUAAUUUAUAUCUUUGUAUACAGAACAUCAACUCUAUAGGAAAUGGGGUCUCCUAUGAAAUGAAAAUGACUGAAAUUACCCUUGCAUAUGAUUUUGGUGUCCACCUCAUAUUUUUGAGUUAUCUUUAAUCAGUUAUGAUCGAAGAUAAAUGGAAAAAGAAUUAUUCUGCUCUUUGAUUUUAGUUUUCCUCUUCCCUUGAUGCAAUGUAAAAUAAUUUUGAAUCAUGAAG